AUGGCAGUUCCCGAUGAGGCCUCGCUUCCCGCCGUGGUGGGUGCAUCGUUGAGCAGGGAGGUGCAACACUGCUACCAGCGGCGAUCGCACGUUCCGCCACCGCCAAGUGCUUUGAUGCAGUUCGCACAGGAAAAGAGGCGUUCGGUGGCCGCCAUGAAGGCGAAAGAAAACAACCGGCGCGUUAGCAGCCGCAUAACAAAGAUGCAGCGUCCUCUCCGCGCCGCCGACAAGGAGCCCCUCCACCGCAAGCUAGCCGAAGCAGUCGCCGUCCACCGAAGGAAGUACCCGGACUACGCGCACCACCCGCGUGAGGGCCGCCGGCGCAAGGAGCAAGAACGCAUUGCCAAGCAGGUUACCAGCAAGCUGAAGAACGCCAGUUCCUGGGACAAGGAGCAGCAGCCGACAACUUGCACGGUCGCGGCCCAGGGUCGAAGCAGCCCGAAGUUCCAGCAGCAGCUGCAUCCACCACGACUGCCGCCGACGCCAAGCAGCAAACACCGUGGUACCAUCAGUGCUGCUCGAGUCGGCGCUUCGGGCGUACGUCAGGGAACUGUGGCUUCUAUGACGAUGGACAAUGUCCCGGCCACGACCAAGGAUCUCGAAGGACAAGUGGUGCCUGUAAAGGUGGGUGCCUUAAGAGCCUUGGCUUAA